CCCAAAACCCUACUCACUGUCCGUGUUAUUAUUUCGGUUCACUCGUCUGAGAUUUUCGGUGUGAUUUUUUGUGUACUUUUUUGAACUUUUUCGGUUUCGGUGGCCAUGGCCGACGAGAAGAACGCCGGAUCGCCGGUGGAGCACGAGCCAUCGCUGUUGGAGAAGAUAGGCGAGAAGAUCCACGGCGGCGAUCGCCAUUCCUCCUCGUCGUCUUCUUCCGACUCAGAUGACGAGAAAUCGGAGAAGAAGGCAGAGUCUGUGAAGGCCAAGGUCUUCCGGAUUUUCGGCCGGGAGAAGCCGGUUCACCAUGUGCUCGGCGGUGGAAAGUCUGCUGAUGUAUUUUUGUGGCGAAACAAGAAGGUUUCGGGUGGAGUUCUCGGCGGAGCCACCGUAGUCUGGGUCCUUUUUGAGUUGCUUCAGUACCACCUGCUUACUCUUGUUGCCCACAUUUUGAUUGCUACCCUUGCAAUCUUGUUCCUCUGGUCCAAUGCCCAUACUUUUAUCCACAAAACUCCUCCUCGUAUUCCAGAAGUUCGUCUUCCUGAAGAACCAUUCCUGCAGGUUGCAUCUGAGCUGAGAGUUGUAAUCAACUGUGCAUUUGCACUCCUUCACAGUAUUGCAUCUGGGAAAGACUUGAAGAAGUUCCUUGCUGUUAUUGCUGGCCUGUGGGUUCUUUCCGUUGUGGGCAAAUGGUGUAACUUCCUGACCUUGUUUUACAUAUCCUUUGUUUUGCUGCACACCGUGCCCUUCAUUUAUGAGAAGUAUGAAGACAAAAUCGACCCACUUGCGGAGAAGGUAACAAUCGAAUUCAAAAAGCAGUAUGCCGUCUUUGAUGCCAAGGUUUUGAGUAAGAUUCCGCGUGGUCUGAAAAACAAGAGGGCUUAGAAAGCUUGGGGGUGUUUCGUUGUGUUCCAAAGCUCUAGGUUUCAUAGUUGAGCUUCCCAUUCUGUUCCAAGUGUUUUGGAUUUGUAAUUUGAAUGACUAUAUUCAUGUGGUCUUCAGUUUCGAGAAUUAGGUUUUGUUCUUGUGCUUAUACGUAAUCGUGGGAAGCCACUAAACAGCACCUGAGCCAUAUGUUAAUUAUGACAACUUUAUGUUACUCAACGCUGCGUGUACAUGGGUUGUCGAUUAAUAUUUGAACACUUGUGGUGUAUUUGUUAUUUCA